AUGGCGACUGCCAGUCUGCUGUUCAGCGACGGAUGGUCUUCGUUGCCUCCUACGUUGUAUCAGCGCCAGUCAAGUGCCACCGGGACGGCUGCUGUGAGUCGUACUCCCCAGCUCCAUUCCCAGUAUCUUGGCAGCAACGACAGUCGGGCACCGGCCACUUGCCCUGAAGUGCCGAAGUCCUUUCUGCCGGAGCUGGGAUGUCCCAACCAGCUGAACUCCUCCAUCCCGGGUGAGGUCAUGGAUGUCCUUGGCAUUGAUGGAAACUUCCACACUUCAGAUUUCCGGGCCGACCGGGAGAACGUUAUCAGCACCUGUUUGGGUCACAGGCGAAACUUGACGAAGAGAUGGCCUGAUCAUUUUGGAAAUGCGUGGUUCUAUUGGGCGGAAGAGUUUACCGAUAGGAGCGAGGCAGCGUGCAGCAACGUAAAAACUUUACCGGUCGGUGCUGCGUUUGCAGCGAUCCACAUGCGCUGCGGGGACAUUGGGAAAGCAGGCUUCAGCCAGCAUUACAUGCUCGACCCAGCCUGGCUUCGCAACUUUCUACCCGUUGUGACCAAGGGAAUUCAGCAUAUUGUUCUGCUUGGCAACCGCAAAAACCAUGGUGGUGGUUCUGGCUUGACAUACAGGUCAAAGUUCGAUAAGCUGGCAGGAUUUAUUGAGAACAUAACCACGGCCAAGGUGCAUAUUGCACCCGAGCUGUUUGGCUUAAUUGGUUUGCUGCGUGACAUACGAUGUAUGACACAAUCGCUUCAUCUGAUCAUCUCAUCUUUCGGAAGCAGCAUCGGAUACGUUUUAUCGCUGCUGUACCGUGGAUGUGCAUCCUACCAGCCCUAUCCAACGUCAUCCGCUUCUAAGUACAUCGAUCUCAUCAACAUGCAUCGGCUACGCAGUAGCCAGCGGUUCAUCGACGUGGAUUGGUCCAAGACGAGUUGGCAACAGGAUGUCAUCAACUUUCUGCCGGGUCAAUGUAGUUCCGGCCACAGAAAUCCAGUGCAGGAAAACUGCGGCUGGUUUUUGUUCAAAUUAGCUCUGAGGUUCCUCUUGGCGACUUUGGACGACGAGCCGAUCGUUUUUCUCGUCGCACUGGUCUGCAGCUACAGCAGCUACAACCUCCGUGGGGAGAGCCGGGAGAGCCGGAGGUGGCACCUAGGAACUGAAAUCAUGCAUUCCGGUGAUAUCAGCGUAUUUCAGUGGCAUGGCAUCGAGAUCCAUGGCCUGACCGAAGGCUUGCCAGGGCCAAGCGACUCCGCCGCCGCUCUCAGGGAGGUUCUGAACAGAGCUCAUGCCGGCACAAAGGGCUUUUUUGAUGCUUGGGCAUGCUGGGUCGAGGACAACUUCGUUGCAAAGCUCGACUUAGUGGAGGAAAGCUUGCCGUCAGAGUUUGCCCGAAGGAUCGGCAGCGUGCCUUCGAGCUCCAAGAGUGCGAGUGGCUCGUCGGAGGCCAUCAUCGAAUCGCGAGUGUGGUUGGGGCAGGCGCCAAGCGCAUCUGUUCGGCGUGUCCGGUAUGUCACCGUGGAUGCGGGGCCACAGCUCCAGGCCUUCAACGCCGUUGUCUACCCCGCACCUUUUCUCGGGCUGCAGCCAGUGCUGGGUGUAGAUGUGCUUUCCUUCAAGCCUGGAGCCCAGAUGCACAGGAGCGCCAAAAAAGCAGCAAGUCUGGAGUAA